CAAGUGUGCUUCCUGUAGAGAGAAUACAGGUUGUUGGAACUUUUCUACUGCUAAAUUUGUGGACUUUUGUUUUGAAAAUAUCGGAAAUUCCAUGACCCGGAAGUGCUUUUUUUUUGUGUUGCUGAAGAGAUGCUUAUUAAGGCUCUGGUCUUAUUUUGAACGAUUCAUGGUUUAAUACAUUUUAUACACAGCGAUUAACUACAAUUUAACCGCAGAGAUAGCUACACACGAUCACAAUGAACUACAUGCCAGGGACCGCGAGUCUCAUCGAUGACAUAGACAAAAAGCAUCUUGUACUUCUUCGCGAUGGAAGAACGCUAAUUGGGUUUCUUAGAAGCAUCGACCAGUUUGCCAACCUAGUUUUCCAUCAAACAGUCGAGCGCAUUCAUGUGGGCAAGAAGUUUGGGGACAUCCCCAGAGGAAUCUUCAUUGUGAGAGGAGAGAACGUUGUUUUGCUUGGUGAAAUAGACAUGGAUAAGCCGUGUGACACAGUCUUGCAGCAGGUUUCUAUAGAGGAGAUCCUAGAGGAGCAGCGAUUGCAACAGCAAGCCAAGCAGGAGACAGAGAAAGCCAAGGUGACCGCACUGAAGGACAGAGGCCUAUCCAUCCCCAAGGCAGAUAAUCUUGAUGAAUACUGAAGGCACUUCUGUUCUAUUUUCCUCCGUUAUACUAGACUUCCCAGUUCUAUGUUGAAUAGGGGAUUAUUUUGGCGAUGGGGAGAAGAAUGUGUGGUUUAUAGAUGAAGCAGCGUCACACUAAAUACUGUACGGAUUUCAUUUUGAUAAUGGCUCAUUGGUUCGAAAGCAAGCAAUGAUUUAAGUGAUGCAUUUUUGUUAUAUUUGAUGACUGGCGUAAUGCAGGAAUUGAGGGUAGACCACAAACUAGAUUGUCUGCAAGACUACAUUUGAUGCGAUAAAUCAAUUAAAUAUGAUUUUCAUAUCACAAAACGUAUAACUUGUCAAUAGUACAUAACGAUGGAUUCUUUAUGUUUGUGUAAACAGACUUAAACUGUAAUGGUAAGAUUUGUUUUCCAUUAAAGCGUUUAUUUUAA